AUGUCAGGUAAGGUGGCCUUUCUCGGCCUCGGGGCCAUGGGCUUCGGGAUGGCGACAAACCUCCUCAAGAAAGGCUUUCCAGUGACGGGCUUUGACGUCUGGCAGCCCACCCUGGACCGGUUCGCUGCCGCCGGCGGGAAAGCCUCCACCUCUCCCAGGGAGACCGUCGUCGACGCCCAAUACGUCGUCUUCAUGGUAGCGACGGCGGCACAGAUACUGACUGCAUUGUUCGACGAAGAGAAUGGGGCUGUUCACAGUCUGGGCAAGGGCGCAACGGUGAUACUGUCAAGUACUGGACCACCAGAACACGUGCCCCACGUCCGGCAGCUGCUCGAUGAGAAGUACGACCGGAGCGACAUCGAGCUGGUCGAUGCGCCUGUGUCCGGUGGCACGAUCCGUGCUGCAGCCGGCACACUGACCAUUCUCGCUGCUGGGCCGGCGUCUUCUCUCGUUGCGGCGAGACCGGUGCUCGACGCCAUGGCGGGGGGGAGUCUGUAUAUCAUCCCUGGGGGACUGGGAGCCGGGACCAACGUCAAGAUGGUGCACCAGGUGCUGGCUGGCAUUCACAUUGCCAUGGCGAGUGAGGCGAUGGGGUUUGCGGCUGCGUUGGGACUGAAUACGAAGCAGGCGUUCGAGCUGUUGAAGGCGGGACGGGGCACGAGUUGGAUGUUUGAGAACCGGGUGCCGCACAUGCUCGUGGAAGACAAGACGGUCUACUCGGCGCUGAACAUCAUUGUGAAGGAUAUCGGUAUCGUGACGGCGGGAGGUCGCUCAGCAGACUUCCCACUCUUCCUCUCCUCGGCUACGGAACAAGUCCUCGCUUCGGGAGUCAGCGCUGGACUCGGCCUCGUCGAUGACGCGGCGCUCGUCGGGGCGUACCUCCCGCAAGAUCCCCAGCUCGUUCGCCAGCUUGCGUCUCCGGCAGCGGCUCUGGCCGCCGACGACCCGAAGUUGCGGCUGGUGGAGAAAAUCAUGGCGGGUGUGCACUUGGCUGCAGCCGCGGAAGCGAUGUCGCUGGGCGUGAAAGUUGGCUUGGACGCUCGGAAGCUGUUUGAGAUAAUCUCGACGGCGGCGGGAACCAGUGCCAUGUUCGUCGACGGAACGCAGCAGUUGCUGAGUGGGCGUUGGAACGUGGGGUUGACGGUGGAUGACGUGGUUGCCGAAUUGGUGGAAGCCGUGGCCGAAGCGCAUCGGAUGAAAUAUCCCCUUCACCUGACGGGGACUGCGUUGCAGCUCUUCCAGCUGGCGAAGCUGAAGGGGCUGGGGCGCGAGCCGGGCAUUGCGGUCUCGAAGGUGUGGGAUGGAGCUGAAGGGCCGUGGUUCCCUCGGUCGGGAGGGAAGUAG